UAUUAUGGAAAUCAUGAAAGCUGGCAAAGAUGGUGAUUUGUUGAAGAAGUUGCUGAUACCAAACCUAGAUUAUGGUCCAGCAAUUAUUGACCAUGUUUUGCUGGGAGCAGGAUUCCCUGAAAAUGUCAAAAUUGGAAAAGGGUUUACGUUAGAUGCUGACUUUCCUAGACUGAUGAGUGCAAUACAUGAAGCUGAAGACCUGCUGAAGAAGUUCAUGGCAGAGCCUUGCAAGGGCUACAUCAUUAAAAAGAAGGAUAGAAAACCUAACCCACAGCCUGGUGAGGAGGAAGAGAUUUGGUUAUAUGAGGAGUUCCACCCAUAUCUGUAUCGACAGCACAGUAAAAUGGCUGUUUCAGAGUUUGACAGAUUUGAUCAGGCUAUUGAUGAGUUCUUUUCUAAAAUUGAAAGUCAGCGAAUGGAUCUAAAGAUAAUUCAGCAGGAGAAAACAAUUCUUAAAAAACUGGAGCAUGUUAAGAAGGACAAUGAAAAACGAAUAGAAGGUUUGCAAAAAGAGCAGGAGACUGAUAUCCAGCGUGGACAGCUGAUUGAAAUGAACUUGGAUUUGGUUGAUAAAGCCAUCCUAAUUGUAAACAGUGCCGUGGCCAACCAGAUUGACUGGACGGAGAUCUGGAACCUGGUCAAGGAAGCCCAGAUAAAUGGUGACCAUGUUGCUAAUGCUAUCAAAGCUCUGAAGCUGGAUAGCAACCAGAUUACUCUGCUUUUACAUGAUCCGUUUGCUGCAGCCGACACAGGAACUGAACAUCUGAAGCCAAUGAGGGUGGACAUUGAUCUCGGUCUUAGUGCUUAUGGAAAUUCCAAGAAAUAUUUUGACAAGAAAAGACAAGCGGCCAAGAAGCAACAGAAAACAGUGGAAGCUUCCAAGAAGGCGCUGAAAUCAGCUGAAAAGAAAACAAAACAGACACUGAAGGAGGUUGCAACAGCUGCCAGCAUUAACAAAACCAGAAAGACUUUCUGGUUUGAGAAGUUUCUGUGGUUCAUUAGCUCUGAGAACUACUUGGUUAUUGGAGGUCGAGACCAGCAGCAGAAUGAGUUGAUAGUCAAGAGGUAUUUGAGGCCAGGUGACCUCUAUGUACAUGCUGACCUUCAUGGAGCCAGUAGUUGUGUUAUAAAAAAUCCAGGAGGAAACCCUGUGCCACCAAAAACAUUAAACGAGGCUGGGACUAUGGCAAUCUGCAACAGUGCCGCCUGGGAUUCAAAGGUCGUAACCUCCGCCUGGUGGGUUUAUCAUGACCAGGUGUCCAAGACUGCCCCCAGUGGAGAAUAUCUGACCACUGGCAGCUUUAUGAUCAGAGGAAGGAAAAAUUUUCUUCCGCCAUCAUACCUCAUCUAUGGCUUUGGAUUCAUGUUUAAGCUAGAAGAUGGCAGCGUAGAGCGGCAUAAAGGAGAAAGAAGAGUAAAGGUAACUGACGACGAUGCCAUGUCAGUGACAGAUUCAGCAGCAGCCUCGAUACAGGAAAGCGAUGACAUAGACAUAGAUAUUAGUGAUGGCAGCAGCAGUGAAGCAGAGGAAGAAAGUGCCACCGCAUCCAAUGACCCUUCACAUCAUACAGAUGUUGGUAAUGGUGAAAAUAAUGAAGAGACCUCACAGAUAAAUGAUGAGAACAUCUCAGAGGAAGGUGACGCAGAGGUGAAGUCUGAGCCAGCUGUUGAUAAAGUACCUACAUCUGAGGCGAAAGUCAGCAGUGCUGACACAGAGAAGGAGAAAGGGGAUGUUCAAAGCUUUGAGUUUCCAGACACCAGCAUUAAUUUGCUACAUGUCAAGGGAGAUAAAUAUGAACUACACAGAGAGUGGAGUACGGCCAGUACAAACAGUGACAAGCCAGAUACCUUCUUCCUUGGUGAUGGUAUGCCAGUGACACUUGGAGAGAAGAUCUCCAGUAAAAGUGGCAAGCUGUCAGCCAAGCAGAGAAGGGAUAUGAAAAAGCAGAAGAAGGGUCCAACAAACGACAAAAGUCAAAGUGAGGAUGAGGACAAGGUCUCACAAGAUCCUGAUGGAGCAACAAUUGAUGCUGAGGUAGAAUCUGACAGCAGAGAUAAAUUUAAGCCAGACAACUCAUCGUGUAGCCAGGCAGGUCAGCCAAAAAGAGGUCAGCGAGCAAAAAUAAAGAAAAUCAAGGAGAAAUAUGCAGACCAAGAUGAGGAAGAGCGGAGACUCAAAAUGGAAAUAUUGGCAUCUGCAGGACCACAAAAAGAUGAUAAAAAAGCCAAAGGCAAAAAGGGCAAAGGUCAUGAAUAUCCAAAACAGCAGAAGCCUAAUCAAGGUCCAAAGGCUGCUGCUCAGAAAAAUCAUGCUCAGAAAACACCAGAAAGUCAUGAUCAUGUGCCAGAUUUAGAUGUGGCUGAUGAACUAGACAAGAUAACAAUAGCAAAUGAACCAGGUGAGGAGACCAUCUCUGCAGCAACACACAAACAGGACCCUGAUUCUGAUGGAGAGAAGGAUGAGGAAGCCAAUACUGGAAGUGAUGAAACAGUGCUUAACUCUUUGACUGGUAUUCCAUUACCUGAGGAUGAGAUUUUGUUUGCUGUUCCUGUGUGUGCUCCAUACAGUGCCUUACUCAACUACAAGUACAAAGUGAAACUUAUGCCCGGCUCUGGAAAGAAAGGAAAAGCUGUGAAAACUGCUCUCAACAUGUUUGUCCAUGAAAAGACAGCAACAAGUCGGGAAAAAGAUCUUUUGAAAAUUCAGAAAGAUGUUGAUCUGGCAAGAAAUGUUCCUGGUAAGGUGAAAGUAGCAGCUCCAAACAUUCACAAGCACAAGAAAUGA